AUGGAGGGCUACUUUGCAUACGGGACGCUGGCCGAUAAUCCGAAGUACAGCUGUGUCAACGCGACGCUGAGCGAGGCGGAAAUGGCGGCCCGUAAUGAGAAGAGCCCCAUUUUGGGUGCACUUUACAUCGCCUAUGGGCUGCUCGUACAGACCUGCUACGCCCUGACCCUCUCCGUCAUCGCCACCCGAGAAUUCCGACAGAUCUCAUGCUACAAAUUCAUGCUAUCACUUGGUAUCAACCCAUUUUUGCCAGGCUAUUUGUACAUGAUUGGAACCGAGUACUGUAUGCUACCCCGGUUUUUGUACGUAACUGGGAGCAUUUGUAAUGGAAUCUUCAACACCUGCUGUGCCCUGUGCUUCUUCUUGGUCAUCAACAGAUGUGUCGAUUUUUGGAAACCAUACAUUGCGGAUUUUCUGUUUCGGGGUUGGAAGACUUGGAUUUACGUCGCGAUUUCUGGGAUCUACGGUAUUUUCUAUGCCAUAAUUCCGCCACCAAUAAUCUUCAACUCAAACUAUGGGAGUUGGAUCUACCAUCCGUUUAUCCCAGGAAAAGAACACUUGGUGUACGUCUCGGUCUACCAAACGGUGUCGAACUUUAUUGUAGCGAGCACCAUAUUCAUCUGCUACGUAAUAAUUUGCAUACUACAUGCUAUGAAAACAAAGGGAUAUCAUAACCAGUUUCAAGCCAGAGCGAAGAGAAAGAUUCUGUUUCAAGCCAUUACUGUCUGUUUCUUCACAAUGCUGACUACCGGCAUCUGGGCUUCUAUGAUCUUUAUCCCGCCUACCAUGACGUUAAUGCACAUAGGACAUUGUAGCUGGCAGAUGAUGCAUGGCACUCCAGCCCUUGUCUACCUCUUCAUGAACAAGAGCAUCCAGCGAAGGGUCAUCAAGAAGUUCAAGCGGAUGUGCGGCUACCGUCCGAUUUUUAUUACUGAGAUUGGCUCGGUUGAUAAUGUCUCCCACCACACCCAAAACGCCAAUGGAACAUCUGCAGCGGCGAAUCAACUGUAU